UACCCUUCUCCCAUCCCAUAGUAUCCGACAUCUUUGUCCAGAAUCGCAAACAUGUCGUCCUUCACCGAGACAGAUCAGCUCGCCAUCAACACCAUCCGUGUGUUGGCUGCCGAUGCCACCGCGCAUGCCAACUCCGGCCACCCUGGUGCCCCCAUGGGCAUGGCUCCCGUUGCCCACGUUCUUUUCAACCGUUUCAUGAACUUCAACCCCAAGAACCCCAAGUGGCUCAACCGUGACCGCUUCGUUCUCUCUAACGGCCACGCCUGCAUGCUCCAGUAUGCUCUCCUCCACCUCUACGGCUAUGCCCUCACCAUCGACGACCUCAAGGCUUUCCGCCGUAUCGACAGCAUCACCCCCGGUCACCCCGAGGCCCACGACACCCCCGGUGUUGAGGUUACCACUGGUCCUCUUGGUCAGGGUAUCUCCAACGCCGUUGGUCUUGCCAUUGCUCAGGCUCACACUGCUGCCGUCUUCAACAAGCCCGGCUACGACCUCGUCAACAACUACACAUACUGCUUCCUUGGUGAUGGUUGCUUGAUGGAGGGUGUUUCCUCUGAGGCUUGCUCUCUGGCUGGUCACCUCCAGCUUGGCAACCUCAUUGCCAUCUGGGAUGACAACAGGAUCACCAUUGACGGUGACACCAACCAGGCCUUCACCGAGGACGUUCUCAAGCGCUACGAGUCCUACGGCUGGCACAUCGUCACCGUCUUGGAUGGCGACCACAACCUUGACUUGAUCGCUGAUGCUAUCCAGAAGGCCAAGGAGGUCACUGACAAGCCUACCCUCAUCCAGCUUAAGACCACCAUUGGUUUCGGCUCCAAGAAGCAGGGCACCCACGAUGUCCACGGCUCGCCCCUCAAGGCUGACGACAUCAAGCAGCUCAAGGAGAAGUUCGGCUUCAACCCUGAGGAGAGCUUCGCCGUUCCCCAGGAGGUCUAUGACCUUUGCCACAAGGCUUCCGCCAAGGGUGCUGCUAAGGAGGAGGAGUGGAACCAGCUCUUCGCCAAGUACGCUGAGGAGUUCAAGGCUGAGCACGACGAUCUCAUCCGUCGCCAGAAGGGUGAACUCGCUGAGGGCUGGGAGAAGCACCUCCCCGUCUACACUCCCGCUGACCCCGCUGUCGCUUCCCGUAAGCUUUCCGAGAAUGUCCUCAACAAGAUCUUCGAGGCUGUUCCCGAGCUUGUUGGUGGUUCCGCCGAUUUGACCGGCUCCAACCUUACCAGGUGGAAGGGUGCCAUCGACUUCCAGCCUCCCGCCACUGGUCUUGGUACCUACGCCGGCCGUUACUUCCGCUUCGGUGUUCGUGAGCACGGUAUGGGUGCCAUCAUGAACGGUAUGGCCGCCUAUGGUACCCUCAUCCCCUAUGGUGGUACCUUCCUCAACUUCGUCUCCUACGCUGCUGGUGCCGUCCGUCUCUCUGCCCUUUCUCAGGUCCGCGCUAUCUGGGUUGCCACCCACGAUUCGAUCGGUCUUGGCGAGGACGGCCCUACUCACCAGCCUAUUGAGACCCUGGCCCACUUCCGUGCCCUCCCCAACUGCAUGGUCUGGCGUCCUGCCGAUGGCAACGAGACCAGCGCUGCCUACUAUGUCGCCCUUACCUCCAAGCACACCCCCAGCAUCCUCGCUCUCUCUCGCCAGAACCUUCCCCAGCUUGAGGGUUCCACCAUCGAGAAGGCCAUCAAGGGUGGCUACGUCCUCCACGAGGUUGAGGGUGCCGACGUCACUCUUAUCUCCACCGGUUCCGAGGUCUGCAUCGCCAUCGAUGCCGUCAAGGAGCUCAAGGAGAAGCACAACAUCAAGGCUCGUGUCGUCUCUAUGCCCUGCAUGGAGGUCUUCGAUGCUCAGCCCAAGGACUACCGCCUCAGCGUUCUUCCCGACGGUAUCCCCUCUCUGUCUAUUGAAGUCAUGAGCACCAUGGGCUGGGAGAAGUACUCUCACGAGCAGUUCGGUCUCAACCGCUUCGGUGCCUCCGGUGCCUACCUUGAUGUUUACAAGAAGUUCGAGUUCACCCCCGAGGGCAUUGCCAAGCGCGCCAUCGCUACCAUCGACUUCUGGAAGGAUGUCCCCAACAUCCGCUCUCCUAUCAACAGGGCUUUCCAGCAGCUCAUUUAAGGAAAAAAAGAGUGUCGUUUCGAGGUUAAUGGAAGGGAGCGAGGAAAGGAUCGGGAAAUCUUGGUUCGGAUUUAUAAAUAAGGCAAUAUUAAGAGCGCGGGCGACAUUCUAUCAGGAAAGAAUGUCAGUCCAUGCUUUAAGAGGGUCAGGCGCGGCAACAAAAGCCGCCGCCCUCAUGAGACGAGUGUUAUGAAAAUAGAAUCCAUUUAAAAAGUUCACAUAGCGUUAUGUUAAAGUAUCGCAGUUCGCUGAUCCC